AUGUCCGCUCAGCUGGGAGGAGGCCUGCAGCCGGAGACCACAGUAAAACUUGAGGAACUAAAAUCUGAAGAAGUUUUUGAUGUGACAAGGCCUGACGGAUGUCCCCGGGACGGAGGAGAAAAUAAAGUGGUUCUGUUCCCGGAGGGACAGCAGCAGCAGCCCCAGAUGAAGCCACGCAAGAUGACUCGCAGUCCAAAAUGCGCCCGCUGUCGAAACCACGGCGUCGUUUCUUGUCUGAAAGGCCACAAACGCUUUUGCCGCUGGAGGGACUGCCGCUGCGCCUGCUGCCUGCUGGUGGUGGAGCGCCAGCGCGUCAUGGCGGCGCAGGUCGCUCUCAGACGGCAGCAGGCUGCGGAGGGCAAGAAGGGGGUCAGGUGUGCAGCUCCACUGCGCAGAACGGCAUAUCAGUGUUACACCAGAGCGGCCGAGUCGAGCAUCGUGGCCAAGAGCAUCCUGCAGGGGAUCAAACCUGCUGUGCCUCCAGAGGACGACACCCCUUGCUGGUCGAAGCAGACGCAACGUGACCAAGCACACUUUACGUGCCCCUCCAUCAGCGCCCGGAUGAGGAAGAGACGAGCGUUUGCAGACAAAGAGCUGGAGAAUGUGAUGCUGGAGCAUGAACUGAGACAGAGGGAGCUACAGAAUGACCUUUUCCCCCCCUCGGCUCUCCUUCCUAUGCUUCACCCUCCACCCUUGCCCAUCUCCCCUGGUCUCCACUGCUGCCCUCCCAGCAAGGAUCCCACAACUGAAGGGCAAUCUAGCUAUGUGCCCCUGUGCAAAUACAAGCCCUUUUAUGAGUGUGACUUCCAGCUUUAUCAGUUCUUUCCCCUGAAGAGCAGGUACUCCACAGGAAAUGACUAUAAUGACUUCUUGUUAUGUCAGAGCUCCCAGCAAAGCAGACAGGAGAAGGAGGUGCAGAAUGGAUGGAAAGACAGCGAGAAGACAAAACAAGCAGAGGUCAUUCCUUCGACAUCCAUACAAAGACUCCGAAAUGAUGGCAAGGCCAUGUCAUGUGCUAUUCCUGUCAAAUCCCCUUCAAAACGAGCAGAAAUAAUGGACUCAAAUGGCUCUUCAACAGUCACACUUGCUAUUUCUGCAUCAGAUCAGAGUGUCCUGGGUCAGCCAGACAUCAGCGCACCCAGCAGGACUUUUGAUCCCAGACCUUUGACAGCUAAGAGCUGGAGCUCAGACACUCCUGCCGCCCAGGCAGCUCCUCAUGCCGACUCUGUUAAGAGCCCUCACGGCGGCUCAAUCAGGACUCCGGCUGUGAGGCCAUUACCUUUUUCUGUAGAGGCUUUGCUGAGGGCCUGA